AGUUUUGCUCCACAAAAUAUUGCAGACUAGCUAACACAUACUUGUUAUUUGGUCUGGAAACAAUGGGAUUGGAAAUGCGAGUUUUCCUUGUGCUUGCCAUGGCUAUAUGCCUCCCCUCCGCCGCAUAUGCAGCCGAGGGAACAGCCACUUUUUAUACACCUCCUUAUGUUCCCUCCUCAUGCAACGGAUACCAAAAUGAUGGAGUGAUGAUAGCUGCAGCAAGCGAUGCCAUUUGGGGCAACAGAGCAGCUUGUGGAAGAAGUUACAGAGUGACAUGCAUCGGAGCCACUAACCAAGGUGUCCCGAAACCUUGCAAGGGAACCAGCGUUGUCGUUAAAAUUGUCGACUACUGUCCUCCCGGAUGCAGAGGAACCAUUGAUCUCUCUCAAGAGGCCUUCACCGUCAUUGCUAACCCCGACGCCGGCAAAAUCAAGAUUAGUUAUACUCAGGUUUGAAGCUCUCUAAGAAUAAAGUCACGAGGACUAAGAAGGAAGAGGCCACUUUUACUGGAAUAAUUAAAGCAGCAAACACUGUAUGAAACUGUAAUUAUGUUUCACAUGUGAUGAGCUGAUGUUAUAAAUAUAUGAUUAUAUGAUUAAAUAAAG